AUGCAGGUCGAAAUGAACGCCACGAAUGACUCUGCAAGGAAUAUCACUGGUAAAUUACACACCAAAUGCGCAAUUGAAAGCGCAAGCAACACCACUAAAACUCUGGUGAUCAUGGGGUUUGUCUUAGUGCUCUUCUCUUCUCUUUUUGGCAAUUCUCUUUUGAUUCGAGUUGUAUACGGUGACAAAGAAUCGAGGCGGAAAUUUCCUUUCAACUUUUUAAUAAUCAACAUGGCGAUUGCAGAUAUCAUGAAUGCUUCAUCGGCUUCUCUAGUGUUUAUGUCGUUUUUGACGGUUGGACGACUCUGGAUUUCGGGCAUCGUUGGACAGCUAACCUGCAAGAUAACAUACUUUGCUGUGGGGUUCUCCGUAGCAGCCUCCAUUUUGACCGUUGUCGUGAUGGGAUUAGACCGUUUCAUGGCAGCACACGCGACUAUAAGGCCACUGUCGAAGAAAGGUAUUAAAUACGCCAUGGCGCUGAUCUGGAUUCUAGCGGGACUAUUUUGUAUCCCGUAUUUGUACAUUUUUAGAAUUGAACAAGGCACAGAUGGAAAAUGUCAUUGCAUUAGGAAAUGGAGUAAAAACCCACAGAAGCACCUUAUGAUCUUGGGGAUCGAAGAGAUGGCAAAGUUUGUCGUCUUUUACCUCCUUCCCUUAAUUCUUAUGGUAUUUUGUUAUACUAUUAUUACAUACAGAAUUUAUCGACGAAGUGAGCUGCCUGUGGGGAAAAAUACUCGUUCAAAAAUUGUUCAGCAGAACCAACGUGUUGUACGCAUGAUCAUUGCAAUAGUUGCAAUUUUUGCAGUCUGCUGGUUUCCUGUCCAUGUCAACCAUUUGCUAAGAUCAUUCGACCCAGAAAGUUAUUGUCGUCUCCCUGCCUUCCUUCCAUUGUCUUUCUUUUGGUUGGCUCAUGUCAACUGCGCCAUAAAUCCUUGGGUAUGGUUUAUGUAUAGUCGGCACUUUCGAGAAUUACUAAGAAAGGCAACUAUUCAAUGUAUUGCAAAUUUCUGGAACGAUAGAAGUGAACAAAUACCGCUGACAAAACGAACGACGAUAAAGCAGUUAGAA